GAAACACGCGCUCUUCUGCUUCCUGCCUCCCCGCCCACAGUCAGCUGUUCCUCGGUUGUUUGCAAACAGCUCCGUCCUCCGUGGUCCCGCCGCUCCGUGCACGAUGGGGGAGAACGACGACAGCGACAUCAUCGAGCACCACGUUGAGGAGGAGAUGGAGAAGAAGUCAGCGAGGAGCCGCGGCCCGUCCUCCCCGCUGCUGGACAGCCUCAGCCCGUCAGAGAGGGGGGGCCACAGCGGCACCCAGUCCUCCCACAGACUGCUGGCCUACAGCGAUGCCCUCAUCUCCAUCAUCGCUACAGUCAUGAUAUUACCGGUCGCCCACACCAAAGUGGAAGAUAACGAGGAGCUGAGGCAGAGCGUGCAGCUUCUGCUGACGACCAAGAUCGCCGUUUACCUGAUGACCUUCCUGAUCGUGACGGUUGCCUGGGCGGCUCAUAUCCGGUUAUUCCAAGUCAUCGUGCGCAUUGAUGAUUGCCUCGCUCUGCUGAACCUUGCCUGCAUGAUGCUGAUAACCUUCCUGCCGUACACCUUUUCCUUAAUGGCGACCUUCCCUGAGAACAUUCUCGGGAUGUUGCUCUUUUGUGGCUGUGUGAUGGUGAUCGGAGUGAUCCAGUCGGUGAUUGUGUUGUACGCCUUCAGCCGGCCCUUCCUGCUGAACGAACAGAUCCAGAUCUCCGAGAACCAGAGCUUCUAUAAACAACACAUCCUUAAAGUCAUCAUGAGGGUUCCCAUCAUGUGCUUCUUCGCCAGCAUCUUCUCCUUCAUCUUCUUCCAGCUGUCUUACGUUCUCUUGGCCAUCAUCGUCUUCCUGCCGUACAUCUCCCAGUGCCUGAAGUGGUGUCGCAGCAAAGCCAUCGGUCAGGUGGAGGAGACGCCAGACUCCAUGAUGUUCUACACCUACCUCCCCAACGAGCCGCUCAACAAGGAACGCGUGGAGGCCUUCAGUGACGGCGUUUACGCCAUCGUCGCUACACUUCUCAUCUUGGACAUAUGCGAGGACAACGUUCCCGACCCGACGGUCGUGCAGAAGCAGUUCGGCGGCAGCCUGGUGGCGGCGCUGCAGGGCUACGGCCCGGAGUACCUGGCCUACUUUGGUUCCUUCGCCACGGUGGGCCUCCUCUGGUUCGUCCACCAUUCGCUCUUCCUCCACGUCACCAAAGCCACGCGCUUCAUGGGCCUGCUGAACACCUUCUCUCUGGCGUUUGUCGGAGGCUUGCCUCUGGCCUACCAGCUGACGCACGAGUUCCCGCGCAACUCGCAGAACGAGCUGGAAGCCAUCCAGAUCAGCUGCGUGAUCAUUUUCUUCGCCGGCAUGUUCCAGCUCUCCAUUUGGGUGGCGGCGCUGUACAGCGAGCAGCAAACGCUGCACCCGUACGUCUGGUACGGCGGGCGUGAGCACGCGUUCAUGCUGGCUAAGCUGGCGCUGUACCCCUGUGUUGCUUUGGGGACGUUUUUCCUCACCUGCAUCUUGAGUAAAUUCAGCGCCUCCAUCUUCCACCUGAUGGAGAUCACGGUGCCCUUGGCGUUCCUCGUGCUGAGGCUCCUGGUGCGUGUCGGGCUCGCUCUCCUUCGCUUCCUCUUCUGUCCCAACAGGUCCGACCUGACGACCGUCGUGGACGAUGAAGCCGAUGAAACCAGAGUGCCGUUUAACGCCGUAGUCACCUAGAAGUUUCCUGAUCAGGUCUGAGGGGCAUUGCUGCUGAAAGGAAAGAGGGCCCCCUGGUGGCGGGUUUGCAUAUCCCGAACAAAGGGCACAGAAGUUUCCUCCCUUUCUAACAAUUAUUUUUGUUCAUAUCUGGAGCGCAGAGCAGCACAGUUGGGAUUAAACGGCCGCGCUGAAGGAUAAUUUACAGGUUCUGUAGACGGAAAAGGAAGCUCUGAAUAUUCAGCGCUGAUGCGGUCAGCCAAGGGGCUUUCACUCAUUUUGCUUUUCAGUUGCUACUCCUCAUGUGAUUAGCGCAUAAACCUUCGUCCAGCCUUCCUGACGUAAAACUGUCCAAAUGGGAUUUUCUCAGCAUGUUUGUAGUUUUUGCGUUUAAUCAGAAUUAGGAUCUAAAAGGUUAAAAGUGGCUCAAUCCGAAUACUCUUAUAGAGCAAGGAGUCUUUAGUCAAAGCAGAAGUGCGUCAGCGGCCGCCAUGAUCAGUGCCGUCCGAAUAGUGCAGUCAGUAAGGAAGGAAGGUAGGAAAAGUAGCCUAUAAACUUCCUCCUGCUGCUAGUUUAGCCAAGAAACCCCGCGACGUAGCUUACCAGCGCUAAGAUAGAAGCCUUGAGGUAUCCCACAAUCCUUUGCGUGACAUGAUGUAUCAGCAUUGCCCCUCAUGGAAAUAAAUGAUAAUAUCUGGAGAGAAGAGAGCGCAGUGGGCAGUGGACCCGGAUCUGACUCUCAUCAUUCAUGUGCGUUUCUGUUACGUAACGUCGGAGUUAAAGGAUGUCCGAAUUCUUCUGAAGCUCCUUCCUCCCCACGAUACUUCUUACUGUUGACCCCGUGAAAGGCCGAGGAACAGGAGCUAGCAGCUAUAAUUAAGGGUAUUCGGAUAGAGCCACUGUUUUUAAGUGGCAAUUUGUUUUCUCUGAGCAAAAACAUCCUUAAAGGCGUCGUUUAUAAAUGUUGUGGUGAGAGGUUAUGGGCAGAAGUAGACAGAGUUCAAACCUACAUGCAUUCCUUUCCUUGGUAUUUGUGCCAAACACGUCCACAGCGUGAUGGAUGUCUUAUUCUCUGCCUCACCGUGGAUCUUCCCACAAUAAUCUGGUCUUGG